AUGGCGAAUGGCUUAGGUGCCGCAGCUGGCGCAGGUGGCGGGGGUGGGGGGAGUGGCGGGGGUGGCGGAGGUGGCGGGGGUGGCGGAAGCAACCCCCAGUUGCUUGGCGCGCAGCCGUCGCUGCUGAGCAAUGGCGCGGCGCCGGGGGGAAGCUUCGAGGCGGAGAGAUUAAGGAUGUACCGCCAGUGGUUCCAUGAGCUGGACGCGCAGCGCAGCGAGUUAAUCUCCUCGGGCACCAAAGGCCCGGUUCUUAAGCUGCUGGAGUGCGAGAUCCGCUGUCUGGAGGAGCUGGUGAUGCUGGGCACCAAGCUCGGCGCGCUGUGCUGCUCGCCCAUAGGCGCGGAGGCCACCAGACUCUCCGCCCCCGCCUCCACUGCCAUCCCCGGCAAGCCCCGCAUAGGUGGUGGGGUGGACACCUGGCCGUCGGAUGAUCCCCUAUCUCCAGUGGACGGUCUAGAUCUCUCGCUGGUCACUGACAUGCUGCUCCUCUCUGCUACGUCACCAUGGACUGUCUACGUGGCAGAUAGGACAAACUGGCGGCUGUGCUACGUGUCUCCCAGUGUGCGCGCCACUCUAGGAUGGCGCCAGGCCGAGCUAAUAGGGGAGCACGCCUUUGCAGCCUGCCACGCAGACGACCUCCCCCGAAUCCAGCGCAUGAUAGACGACCGCCGCUGGAUGGAAGAUCGCCGCAUGCUGGACGACCGCCGCUCGCCGCCCCUCUCCCUCACGCCGCCCACCGCCUCUGCCGCUUCUCGUCUUUUUCGGUCCGGGUCGGCUGGGAGUCCGAGGGGGGUUGGGGUCGGGGAUUCACUGGGUAGCAGCCCGGGCGGCAGUGCGGGCGGCCAGUGCGUCUUUUACCGGAGGUUGAGGCGGAACAGGAGUUAUGCGACGGUGCAGGCCACUGGGAGGGCUCUGGGGGCAAGGUGGUUUGCAUGGAUCGAGUUUGUCACCGAUGACUCCUCUGCCCCUCUGUCACUUGACAACUGGUCGUCCGAUCUCACCAUGUCCCCCUCCACGCUGCUCUCCCCCAUGGAGUCUCCUUCUAGCCCGCACACCAUCACCAUCGCUGCCCCCCAUACCACACCAUGGAGCCCCCCUCAAGCGCCUCCCUUGCUCCCUGCUUUGCCUUGCCUCCCCUCCUCUCCCCGCUCCUUCCCCCCUCCCCCCAUACCAUCCCUUGACAACUGGUCAUCCGAUCUCACCAUGUCCCCAUCCACGGUGCUCUCCCCCAUGGAGUCUCCUUCUAGCCCGCACACCACACCAUCACCUCUCUCACCCGCCUCUAUUGCCCCCUUCCUUGCCCUCCCUCCCUCCCGCCCCUCCCCCCUCCCCCAGUCCCUCGACAACUGGUCAUCCGAUCUCACCAUGUCCCCCUCCACGCUGCUCUCCCCCAUGGAGUCCCCAUCCAGCCCCCACACCAUCGCCGCCGCCCUCAAGCGCCGCGCGGGCGUCAUGGGCGGCAGCAGCCUAAGCGCGGGCGGCUUAAGCGGUGGCGGCCUAAGCGCCGGCAGCUUAGGUGGGGGAAGUUUAAGUGUGGGUGGUUUGAGCGGCGGUGGUUUGAGCGGCGGUGGUUUAAGUGGUGGUGGUUUGGGCGGCGGAGGUUUAAGUACUGGUGGUUUGGGUGGGGGUGGGCUGAUUUCGGAUGAUUUAGGGGGGCCUGGGGGAGUGGGUGUGGGUGGUGGGGGUGGUGGUGGUAGUGUAAUCAAAAUGGAAGAAUUCAGAAGGAAGCUUGAGACCAUGCGGCUGGAUUUGGCUGGGGGAGGGGCUGGGAAGAACUGGGGUGGGGGCGGAGGCGGGGGAGGGGGAGGAGGGGGAGGAGGGGGAGGGGCGGGAGGGGGCGCAGGAGGAGGGGGGAGUGGAGGGGAGGGCGUGGGGGGGCGGAAGGGGGAGAAGGCGUGGGGGCAGCACCUGGGGACGGUGAAGGAGGGGAAUGAGGAGAAGGGGGCGUAUGCGAGGAGGCUGUUGAACAACCUGUGGGAGUAUAACAGCGAGAUGGACGGGCUCUCCAAGGAGUCCAGCCAACAGAACAGUCUGGAUUCAAACGAGGAGGUGCAGCAGAUUGUGAAGAUGCGCGUGGAGAUGGAGCGACAGGCUUCAGCAGCAGCAUCAUCAGCUUGGUGUCUGGAUUCCAACGAGGAGGUGCAGCAGAUUGUGAAGAUGCGAGUCGAGAUGGAGCGUCAGGCUUCAGCAGCAGCAGCGUCAGCUUCCCAUGGCUCGUCCACUCGCCUUGGCAUGGGCAUGGGCAUGGGCGUUGGCAUGGGUAUGGGCAUGGGCAUGGGCGGAAUGGGUAUGGGAAAGGGCCUAUCUGGUGUAGGUGCUACUGCUGCCUCCUCCUCCUCUGCCUCUGCUGCUGCACGUCGCGCUGCUGUUUUGGAUCGGGCUAUGGGGGGGAGUGGAGGGCUGGAUGGGAGGGGGAUGGAGGGGAGAGGGGUGGAUUUACGGGACGGGAGGGGCGGGGCGGGAGGAGGGUCGGGGUCGUUUUUUGACACGGGGCAGAAGACGAAGCAGAAAUCAGGCUCGGGUGCAGGUUCGGGCGUUGGUUCGGGGGUUGGUUCGGUGCUUGACGGGCCUACAGCGGAAACGCUUCGGAAGGUUCUAGAUGAUGAUGAUGAUGACGAUGAUGAUGAGGAGGAGGAAGAAGAGGAGGAGGAAGAGGAGGAAGAGGAGGGGGAGGAUGAGGACGAAGAAGAGGAAGAGGAUGAGGACGAUAGUGGGAGUGUUGUGGAUCGAAGUUUAAAAGUCCCUCUGUACAAACGAUCAGCAACAGCUUCAAAAGUUUCGCGGGAUGAACUUUUCCACCUGCCCGUGCCCGAUCCCAGCCAAUACAAUCGCUCGAGAAGCGUGCCGAAAUCCCACGAGCGACUCAAAGGGGGCAGAGGAGGGGGGGAUGGUGGAGGAACCUCGGCAGAAAAAAGCGAGCGAGUGGAGAAAGGCGAGAGGGGAGAGAGAGGAGAGAGAAGCGAGAGAGGGGAGAGGGGAGAGAGGGGUGAGAGAGGAGAAAAGGGCGAUAGGAGAGAAAGGGUGGGGUUGAGCAGAGGGGGGAGUGCAGGCGGCCCCACCAAGACCCUGUUCCUGGAAGCCAGCGGCUCUUCUUCUGCCGGGUUUGGCCUCUCCCUCUCCCCUCGGGGCGGCGACCGAGCAACACGAGGAGGAGAGAGAGGCGGAGAGAGAGGAGGAGGAGGAGGAGGGGUGGGAGUGGGCGGCGGAGUGGGCGGCGGAGUGCUGACGGUGUCCAAGCCAUGGAGCCCGCUCCCUCUGACAGCCUCUAACCAGCUGGGGGGAGCCCGGGGAGCCAAGUCGUUCACGGGAGGGUCGGCCUUUCUGGAGUCGCUGCCUGAGGAGGAUAAGAAGCUCAUUCGAGGGUUCAAGGUCCUGGUGGUAGAGGACGACAUAGUCAACUGCACCAUCAGCAGGCAACUCCUCGAACUCCUCUCGUGUCGCGUCACGCUCACACGCAACGGCCGUGACGCGCUCGACCUCAUGCGCGGCGGAACAGACUUGGAGUUGGAGGCGCAGGAGGCAGCGGUGGCGGCAGCAGGGGGCGUGGAGGAGGGCGCGGAGGUGGCGCCGCAGUUUGACCUGGUUCUGAUGGACUUGAACAUGCCUGUGAUGGAUGGCAUCAAGGCUGUGGAGCAGUUUAGGGAGUGGGAGGAGCUGGCAGAGCCGCGACGGCAGGCCACACUGAUAUUCGCCGUCACUGCCAACGUCUCAGACGGCAACAUGGUGAAGUGUGCCCAGAAGGGCUUUGAUGAGUUCCUGAGCAAGCCACUGAUGAGAAACCCCCCUUCCCCCCACCAAUCCCAACCCCCUUUUCCAUAG